GACGUGAGUGCGGAGUGGAGCCUGGAGCGGCCCCAGCUGUACAUCGCCGGCCAGAAGGACGAGCUCUUCAACUACUGGGUCUUCCUCCAAGCCAUCGCCCAUGGCCUGGCCACCUCCCUGGUCAACUUCUUCAUGACCCUGUGCAUCAGUCAGGACACGGCUGGACCCCUCAGUGACUAUCAGUCUUUCGCCGUGGUCGUGGCCCUGUCGGGCCUGCUGUCCAUCACCAUGGAGGUCGUCCUCAUCAUCAGGUACUGGACGGUCCUGGCUGCGCUGGCCAUCUUCCUCAGCAUCUGCUUCUACACGGUGACGACCUGGGCAAGCCAAAGCUCCUGGCUCUUCACCAUCUCCCCAAAGACCUUCCCCUUUCUGUGUGAGCCCCCCCCCACCCCCCCACCCGCAGCAGGGAACAGG